AUGACGCAAUACUUAAAAUUUUUCAUAAUUAAUUUAUUAUUUAUUUAUUCAAUUGAUUAUUUAUCCGUAAGUGGGAUGAAAAAUGAAAGUAAGUUUAUAGCAACAAAUGAAUGGCAGACUGUAAAAAAAGGCCAGCCAAUACCUAGUGGGCUUCAUAUUAGAUAUAAUUUUGAAACAAAAGUAACAGAAGCUAAAUUAAUGGAUAAAGAUGAUAAUGACAAUAAAUCACCCAGUUCAUUGACGAUUCACCCAGAAGCAUUAGUAAAUGAUGAAGAUGAUAUUUUAGUUCAUAAUAAUGAACAGCACAGUAAACUAAAAUUAUCUCUAGAAGAAUUAAAAACACGCCUAAAAAAAAUAAAAACAGAUGCUAACAAUAAUAUGAAUCAGGCCGAAGAUAAUACCGAGAAAAAAUAUCGAAGCUACGAAGAGUUAAAGGAUGAAUUGAAAUCUAUUGAUAUGAAUAUUACAACUGACUCAGAAAUAAUGAUUGAUCUUUUUCAACGAUUUAAAAUAUAUGACCAUUCAUUAACUAGUGGAUCUCUUCAAAGUACUGAGAUUGAAGAUAUUUUGCAGAUAUUUAAUGAUUUAGAAUAUUUACUUCAUCAAAUAGACAUUGCACAAUUAUUUGCUGAUAUGGAAGGGAUGUCAAAAAUAAUUUCACCAUGCUUGAAUACAACAAAUGACGAUUUAAAGAUAGAAGCAUUAAGAGUACUUGGAACUGCUGUACAAUUAAAUCCAAAAGUUCAACAAAAAGCUUUAAAUAAUGAUUUAGUACAAAAGCUUUUACAUUUAUUAUCAGUUAAUAACAAACCUUUAGUACGAUCAAGAUGUUUAUUUGCGUUAGGAGCAUUAAUAAGACAAUUUCCGUCAGCACAAAAGGCAUUUAUUGACCACGGAGGACUGGAAAUAUUUGGAAAAAUUUUAAAAAACGAUUUUUUACAAACUCAAUUCAGAGCAAUUAAGCUGAUCACUGAUUUAGCAAUAGAAAGAGAGCUUAUAAAUAAGACUGAAGAUGAAGGACUUCGGUUGAGAAAAGUUCAAGAGUAUAAAAAAACUAACUUCGAGCAAAAACUGAUAUUACAUAAUUAUUGUAAAUAUUUAUCGAGUAUUGUACAAAAUAAUUUUAUACAAGAUGAUAUUUCUCUUGAUUCUUCGAUGGAAAUGAAUGAGUUUCUUCAGGUAGUACUCGAAAAUAUGAUUGUGUUAUGUCCUGUUUGUAAAGAUGAAUUUCGUAAUCAUGAGCAUAGACUUUCCACAACAUUUAGUGAAAUAAUUAAUUACUAUAAUAAAAUAAAAAACUCUAAAAUUUGGCAGGAAAAUGAAAUGCUUGAGAAUAAUUUAGAGCAACUAUCGAAUUUACAAAAACUAAUUUUUGAAGAUUUUCAUGAUGAACUGUAA